AGCGGGGUUACGGCCCAGCCGGUGAGAGCCGGGUUUGGAGAGUCCCGGGCACUCGGAGAAUCCGGGUAGCCCCGGCUGGAGCCAUGUCCCGGAACCUGCGCACUGCUCUCAUUUUCGGCGGCUUCAUCUCCCUGAUCGGCGCCGCCUUCUACCCCAUCUACUUCCGGCCCUUAAUGCGGCUGGAGGAGUACAAGAAGGAACAAGUCAUAAAUCGAGCUGGUAUUGUUCAAGAAGACGUGCAGCCACCAGGGUUGAAAGUGUGGUCGGAUCCAUUUGGCCGGAAAUGAGAAGACUAACACCACCUCUAAUUAUGAAAGUAGACAAGAGACUUCAUGCUUUCAGUUCUGCAGCAAGUUCAAUAAGUCACCUGGCUAGAGAACGCUGGCUGGAGCAGAAAACUCUGGAAGGCCAUAAAAAGUCCUAUGCAUGAGGAGUACGUCCCUUCUUAAAAGGACCCUGGAACAAAUCAUACUAUUAGGAGGGUUUCCAUGAUUUGGUUUCCUUUCUAAAAAUGAAGCUGUCUCACUCAGCUGGACUUGAAGGCUAUCUACGUAUUAUUCAGUCUCUACCUCUUAGCCAGCCAAGCUGUGAUAUGAAUACAAGCAACUAGUAGACUGGGGAAGAUUCUAGACUGUUUUGCCAUCCUCCAAAUAGGAAAUUUCAGGGGAAAACUACCAUAUUGAGCAGCCUCAUAGGGCUCUUUGAAAAUGUUAAAGUUGAUAAAACUCUUUGAGGACAAGGUACAUUGUACUCUUU